AUGCAAGCGCUAGUUUUUACCAAAGCAGAGAAAUCGCUAGAACUCAAGGAGGUGCCCAAACCGGUGAUUUCCAAACCAACUGAUGUAAUUGUGAAAAUCUCGAACUGCGGCGUUUGCGGCACGGAUUGCCACAUCUUCCACGGUGACAUCUCCAACGUUGGCGACGUCUUCGUCCCCGGCCACGAAGCUGGCGGAAUCGUCACCGAGGUCGGCAGCGGCGUCACUGCGGUCAAAGUUGGAGACAAGGUCGCCAUCGACCCGAACAAGGGCUGCCACGGUUGCAACCACUGCCGCAACGCAAACCCGCAUUUCUGCAAAAAAGGCAGCUUCAACGACGCCUUCGGAAUCUUCCGAAACGGCGGCUUUGCUGAUUUCGCUGUUGCGCCUGAAGAAAGCUUGUAUCUCGUCCCGGAUGAUUUCGACAUGAGCCACAUGAGUUUGAUCGAGCCGCUUUCUUGCGUCGUUCAUGGGUGGAGGAAGCUGACUGCUGGAAGACAUCUUCAGACGGGAGCGAGGAUUUUGGUCCAAGGAGCGGGAAUAAUUGGCUCGCUUUGGACUUGCUUGAUGCAUUUCAAGGGCUACCGUCACGUGACAGUAAGCGAGCCCUCAGCCGAGCGAAGAGGGUUCAUCGACGGCCUCCAACUCGGGUUCAAAACCACUGAGCCGAAAGGAGUGGAGUCCGAGUACGAUGUCGUCAUUGAUUGCAGCGGCGCUCCUCGAGCCAUUCAGGACGGAAUCAAUCGAGUGGCACAUGGCGGAAUCUUUCUCCAAUUCGGUGUUGCUCCUUCUACGGCUACUUGCGAAAUCCGACCGUUUCAUAUUUACGAAAGGGAAAUUACGAUUCAGGGUGUGAUGGUCAAUCCUUGGGCCUUUCCUGAAGCGAUCGAGUUGACCAACCAGCUCAGGGCGCGAUACUUGGACUUUGGCAAACUCGGAAUCGGAAAAUUCAGCCUCGGCGAGUACAAAGACUGCUUCGAGAAGCUCUCCUCCGGCAAGAUCUCCAAAGCCUCUUUUGUCUUCGAAUAA